AAUUUUUAUUAUCAUGAAGCUUAGGAAAAUUAAUUUAGUUCUAGUCUUAGUUUACAUACUAUUAAUAGAGGGUCUAUUAAAAUAUGGUUUUUGGGUGGCUGCUUAAUCUUUGACCACACCUGAGGCUACCAAAGUUAACAUAAUUCAGUGUCUCUUAUAUGUCUCCUAUGGACAGCUAUUUGCAGUUGAACUAUGCUUUCCCAGCUAAUAGUAUAAAGUAUAAACUAAUUAAAAAGAAUAAAAACCAACUUGCAUUAUUAAAAAGCCAAUUUGUGAUGUCAGGUGUUGCUUGUAACAGAAAUGACACAAAUUCACCGAUAAAUUAUGGGAAGAGGACAGGAAUCAAAACAUUGAGAAACUAUGAAUACCUAAACCAUCAAAAAAAGACAUAAAAUUUCUGAACUAUAACUUCUAAUCUUAGUGGUUCAAUUUCAACCAUUCUUUUCUAGUUGGAUGGUCAAGAAAUUGUUUUCUUAUUAUCCAACCCAUAUGUUUGUUUUAGGAUGGCAUCCUACUGACUGCACCAUAAUUCAUAAAUAGUGAGAAGAUGAAGUUGUUUUGGUUUGAUGACCAUCAAAAUAAAUGCGCAAUGCACAUAUUCCCGUCUUCCCCUUUUCCUACUUUGUGUAAGUAAACACAUGUUCAACACAAAAAAUCACACACAUACACCACAUGCCAGAGGUGAAUAUUUUGUUCCCUCAUGAUGCCAUCACAAUAAGCCAAAGGUUGAUACCUACUGUAUUGGCUAAAAGCUUCUUGGGAAGUUUGUAUCCUAGAAUCUUCCUUCAGUCUUCCACCAUAUCCUGCCACGUACAGGUUGACAUGUGCUGCCAAAUUAAUUAUGUCUAUGUGCAUAAGUACUUUUUUGGGGCUUUGUAUAAUUGUAUUGUCCCUCAUCUGUCAUGGUUUUUGUUUUAAAGGCUUUUUAUUUUUAAUGUUUUUGUGGUUGGGAUGGUGAGGUGGCUGAUUUCCCUGCUACUCUUUUGUGUUCUUCACGGUACUUUUGAGGAGAAUAAUAAUUUUAGCCUAACAUGGUACUGCACAAUUUGUUCCUUGCUGGAAGAAGGUGCAAGGAAGGUGUUUCUUCUUUGUCUAUUGGCGGGAUGCAGCAUCUGUUGGUUCAACACUGUUUGUUUCGUUCUUUGCAUAAGGAAUUUCCCUGCUAAUCGUGCUCUUGCACUGUCGCUCACCGUUGCCUUCAAUGGCGUGAGUGCGGCCUUAUACACCCUUGCCGGCAAUGCAGUUGAUUUAUCCUCCAAUUCAGUAUAUCUGCUCCUGAAUGCCUUCGUGCCCCUUCUAACUUCCUUUGCUGCGCUACUUCCAAUUCUUCGCCAACCAUCUUUAGAUCCCCUUCCCCCUGUUGCGGUUCGCCGUGACUCUCUAAUCUUUCUCAUUUUGAAUUUCUUGGCCAUCCUAACUGGUAUUUAUCUCCUCUUUGGAUCAAAUUCAUCAGAUGCUGCGAAAGCUCGUCUCCUCUUCAGCGGAGCCAUUUUUCUUCUCAUUUUCCCAUUAUGCAUCCCCGGUAUUGUCUAUGCCCGUGACUGGUUUAAACGUGCCAUUCACUCUAGUUUCCGCCUUGAUGGCUCUGGCUUCCUUCUUGUGGACGAUGAGGACCUUGAGCUUCAUAAAGAGUUGCUCACGCGUGAGACGAGCAAUCACGGGAAUGGAUCAGCUGUACGCCUCUUGAGUAGUGAUGGAAUCACAAGACAGAAGAGCUAUGAUGAAAAGGAAGGAUGUUGUGAGACCAUGAUUGGAAAGGAUCAAUUGGCGAUGCUUGGGGAAGAGCACCCAGCUGGGCUUCUUGUGCGUAGAUUGGAUUUUUGGCUAUACUAUAUUGCAUACUUCUGCGGGGGGACAAUUGGUCUUGUCUACAGCAACAAUCUAGGCCAAAUUGCACAGUCACUUGGACAAGUUGCAAAUACUACGACGCUUGUCACUCUCUAUUCAUCCUUCUCAUUCUUUGGUCGCUUACUUUCUGCAGCUCCAGACUAUGUCCGUGCAAAAUUCUACUUUGCCAGGACUGGGUGGCUAACUGUAGCCCUUUUGCCAACACCGGUUGCCUUCAUUUUGCUUGCAGUAUCAGGCAGUGCUAUGGCAUUGAACGUAGGCACUGCGUUGAUUGGGCUGAGCUCCGGAUUCAUAUUUGCUGCUGCUGUUUCAAUAACAUCCGAGCUGUUCGGACCCAACAGCGUAGGCGUCAAUCACAACAUUCUCAUCACAAAUAUCCCAGUUGGGUCACUUAUUUACGGUUUUCUUGCUGCGAUAGUUUAUGACAGUAAUGUAAGUUCUGGUCUCAAAAACAUCAUCAGUGACUCGGUGGUAUGCAUGGGGAGGAAAUGCUAUUUUUUGACAUUUGUUUGGUGGGGAUGCCUAAGCAUUCUGGGGCUAGUUUCUAGUGUCCUGUUAUUCAUGAGGACGAGACAUGCUUAUGACCAUUUUGAGCGAAAUCGCAUAUCAACACAACUCUAUUAACAAUUUCCCUCAUGCUCACAUAGUGGUUAGUCUCAAGUAGACAGCAUGACCGGGAGGCACAAAAUUGUAUAGAUAUAUCAGUUGCUUGUAUUGGCUCCAAACAAUCUUUGUGUACUUCUGUAUGAAUAAAUUUUGCAGAGAGGAGCUCUUUUACGGAAGGUAGAUCUACAAUACCGAACUUUUAUCUUA